AUGAAGUAUAUUUUUUUAGCUUUACUACCAUUGGUUUGCUGUGCCACUGCGGCGCCUCGGGAAAAGUUACUACAAACACAAACAAUUAAAGGUGUUGUUACACCUCAUCAAAUCGACCAAGAAAAGGAUGAUUUGAAAACCGAUGCAUCUUCAUACAGCCAUCAGUACUCCGAUUGGGGCGGAAAAUCCCCCGGUGGAUAUGAAUACAGUGUCACUGGGUUUGGGGUGAUUGACGAUAAAUACGAUUCAAGUUAUGGUGGUUUUGGCAGGUAUGAUAAUUCCUACAAUAAUGUUGGAUACCCCGAAAAUGCUGAUAAUUCAGGAUAUCUCAGUAAUCCAAGCUACGGGGGCGAUCAAGGAUACGGAAGAUACAGUCCCAGUGGCUUAGAAGGAAAUGGGGGCUAUGGCGGGUACGGAGGCAAUGGAGGAUUAAGUUCCUAUUAUGGUUACAAUAACCCUUACUAUCAUGGAUCGAAUCAUUUGGGUUACGGGUAUUAUAACAAGCGUCCCGGUUAUGGUAAUAUUUACAAUGGCGGGAUAACUCCAAGUUUGAUUACAGGAUACAGAGGUUAUACAAGAUAA